CAUGACUUUGUAUCAAACCUUUAUCUGUUCGCAUUGAAGGCUUCAUUCAAGUUUCAUCAAGUCUCUGCCUGGAUUUUGGACUUUUUUGUGAGCCGAUUUUGUGCUUCCUAAAACUCCAUCAGCUUUAAUUAAGCAGUAAAUUCAUGGUCUUUGUGUAUGAAUAUGAAGUAUCCUCAGGAUCUGCCAAUUGGAAAUGAUUCCCUGAGAUGUGUUCAAAGUUUGGAACUUUAAUUGUGAUCCGGUCGUCAAGUUUUGCGAAAAGAUUGCGAAUUUCUGUAGUGGGAGUAAGAAAUUUGAGAGCUGUAUCGUGAAUUUCUCUAGUUUUAGCAGUUUUGUGUUGUUUGAGAGAGUUGUGGAAGGGGAAGAGAGGUUAAGAUGGGUGAGAAAUUUUGGGUGAAUGAAGAAGACAAGGUCAUGGUUGAGUCGGUACUAGGUACCGAAGCGUGCCGGUUCUUGAUCUCACUGGCUUCCGAAAAUGUUUUGUCAGAUUUGAUUAGGCCGUCGGGUAAAUUGGGUGUGCAGCAGGGGCUGUGUCAGCUUGUCAACGGGUCGAAUUGGAAUUAUGCCAUUUUCUGGCAGGCUGUUGGCUCGAAAUCUGGUGGAUCUGCCUUGUGUUGGGGUGAUGGGCAUUGCAGGGAUACCAAGGAUGGUGGAGCUGGGGACGCGAAUUCUAGUCGGGAUAGUAGUUUGGAGGCAGUGCAGAAUAAAGAAGAGGUGAAGAAGCGGGUGGUUCAGAAGCUCCAUGCAUGUUUUGGCGGUUUGAAUGCGGAUAAUUAUGCAAGGAGGUUGGAUGGUGUGUCAGAUGUGGAGAUGUUUUAUCACACUUCAAUGUGUUAUGCAUUUCAACUUGAUUCGAUUUCACACUGUGGUCCUGCAGAGGCGUAUAACUCCAGAAAAUCAAUUUGGGUUUCAGAUGCAGGUAGUUGUUUACAUCAUUACCAGUCGAGAUCAUUUUUAGCAAGAUUGGCUGGGUUUCAGACUGUGGUGUUUGUACCAAUGAAAUCAGGAGUUGUGGAACUUGGUUCGGUCAAAUCAACUCCGGAAGAACAAAGUUAUGUGGAUAUAGUUAGAAGUGCGUUUGGGGAAUCUAGUCCUAUUCAGCCAAAGGCAUUUCCAAUGAUAUUUGGACGUGAACUAAGUCUCGGGGGUCCAAAAUCACAAUCCGUUAACAUUUCCUUUACCCCGAAAAUAGAAGAAGAUUUUGCAUUUCCUCCAGAGUCGUUGGAAUUACAAUCAGUAGGUACUUCAAAUGGAUUUCCAAGUGAGGGUGGUGAAGUAAAACUGUUUCCUCAAAUGAACCAGAUGAUGGUUGACGGAUUCAAUACCCAGACAAGGGUUUCAGGUUCAGAGCUGCUUAAGGAUGAGUCAUCGACACAAGUGGAUGAGCAAAAACCCAGAAAGAGAGGGAGAAAGCCUUCCAAUGGGAGAGAAGAACCAUUGAAUCACGUGGAAGCAGAGCGGCAGAGGCGCGAGAAGCUUAACCAGAGGUUCUAUGCACUAAGAGCUGUUGUUCCUAACAUAUCGAAGAUGGAUAAAGCCUCUCUUCUUGGUGAUGCCAUUACCCAUAUCACCGAUCUCCAGAUGAAGAUCAGAAUCAUUGAAGCUGAAAAGCAGAUGGUUAACAACAAGGGAAAGCAGUUGCCGGUUCCAGAGAUUGAUUUUCAGGAACGCCACGAGGAUGCAGUUGUCAGGAUGAACUUCCCAUUGGAUUCUCACCCGGUUUCUGAUGUCAUCCGAACACUAAGGGAACAUAAAAUUGUACCUCAAGAGUCUAAUGUUUCCAUAACAGACAACGAUAAGGUUAUUCAUACAUUCUCCAUUCAAACUCAAGGUGGUGAUGCUGAGAAGUUAAAGGAGAAGCUGGUGGCCUUUCUUUCAAAAUGAUCCGACUGUUAAGUUGCUCUUGUAAGUUAUUACUUGUAUCUGUGUGCAUCUGCCUGAUAAAAACGUGGGUUUUCUUAUCGACUAACUGAUUAUGUCGCAUUAAUGAUUUGUUAUAUAACUUCAGAUUCUGGUUAUUGAAUGAAGUUGUUUCGUUAAUAUA